GAUGUUUUCACAUGAAGUUUACGUCUACGGUGAGAAAUAGGGGUUAAUUUUGCCUAUCUCCGGACCGAGCCUGUUAAUAGGUGGAACUUGCCACGUGAUGCCACCGGCUAUAUAAAACUUUCAGGCAAGUACCACAAUGUCGUGAUUGUCGGCAGAACCGUCUCGGGGAGCGGAUCGCUAAUGCUGUUAAAUUGCGCGUUCAGGGAAUCAAAUCAGCGCCACUGCCAGAGCCCCGAGCACAUUCGGCAAAACCUGUGGACUAGCAGGACUGAAUAGCCUGGCGCACAUCAUCAUUGCUGGAUUGUUGCUUUAAGGUCAAGACAAGAGCUGUCCUGACGGAGCCCGGUUGAAUUUGUUCCUCUCUCUCUCUCUCUCUCUCGCCUGGAUUUCUCUUUUUCUCUCCAUACAUAUAUUAUUUAUUUUUGGGGGCCAAUAUUGCAAACUUGGUACUUUCAGAUCAAUCACUUUUUUGGGGGCUUUGAAACCGCGCAGACUAAUCUCCGAGCAACGUCGUACAGAAGUGCAAUAAAGAGUAGUGUGUUGAGAGGGUGGAUGCUAUUUUCUCUCUCUCUCUCUCUCUCUCUGUAUCCCAGCGGCUCUUUAGUUUCCUUAAACAAAAGUAAUCUAUCGCAAGGGAACGGAUGCGACCUGGAAACAACUCACAAUUAGAGAGCAGACCAGUUUCUGAUUAGAGAAUGCUUAUUGCGGCUCAUCCAGCGAUCCCUGGCAAUCUCUGCACUAACACUAGAUCACUUUUAAGCCAUAUUUGAUAGUGAUUCUGGAAGUGGAUCCGCGCUCUUGUCCAACCUCCGGCCAGCGGGGUUGUUGCCGGUUGGGGAAGAUGAGGCUUUUUUGUUUGAGCGGCGCCUGUCUGCUGGUGACCCUGGUGUCUGGUGGUUCCACCCCGGCCCCUGGUGCCGCCGGCACCUCGCCCCCCUUCACUCCCAGCUUCUGCACAACGUGCGGCAUCGGGCAGCGGGACGAGCCACAGAAGGCGGACACGGUCUUCUUGGAAGCCGUCAAGCGACACAUCUUAAACCGGCUGCAGAUGAAGGAGAGACCCAACAUCACUCACCCCGUCCCCAAGGCUGCGAUGGUCACGGCGCUGAGGAAGUUACACGCUGGGAAAAUCAAAGAGGACGGCAGGAUGGAAAUCCCGAACUUGGACGGCCAUGCAACGUCAGUCUCCAGGAGAGAACUGCAGGAACAAACUUCAGAGAUCAUCAGCUUUGCCGAAACAGAUGAGCUGGCGUCGUCUAAAUCACGCCUGUACUUUCUGAUCUCAAACGAGGGGAACCAAAAUCUCUUUGUCCAGCAGGCCAACUUGUGGCUCUACUUGAAAAUGCUCCCGUCCAAGGCUGCGAAGGGCACCAGGCGCAAAGUGAAGGUGAAGGUCUACUUCCAAGAAGCCGGGAGCUCGGGCAAAUGGGCGUCGGUGGAGAAGAGGGUGGACCUGAAGAGAAGCAGCUGGCACACGUUCCCCUUGACCGAGCCCAUCCAGGCUCACUUGCAGAGGGGCGAGAGGAGGCACGACCUGGAAGUUCACUGCGAGGGCUGCGAGAGUCUGGCUGUGAUUCCCACCUUGGUGGACAGCGCCGACGAGUCGCACCGACCUUUCCUGGUGGUGCAGGCGCGGACACUCGACUCCAAGCACCGGAUCCGCAAGCGGGGCUUGGAGUGCGACGGCAGGACCGACCUGUGCUGCAGACAGCAGUUUUACAUUGAUUUCCGACUCAUCGGCUGGAACGACUGGAUUAUCGCGCCCACGGGUUACUACGGCAACUACUGCGAGGGGAGCUGCCCCGCUUACAUGGCCGGGGCGCCCGGCUCCGCCUCGUCCUUCCACACGGCCGUCGUGAACCAGUACAGGAUGCGAGGCAUGAGCCCGGGCUCCAUGAACUCUUGCUGCAUCCCCACCAAACUCAGCACCAUGUCCAUGCUCUACUUCGACGACGAGUACAACAUCGUCAAGAGGGAUGUUCCCAACAUGAUCGUGGAAGAGUGUGGCUGUGCAUGAGGGACCAGGGCGCAAAUUUUGCAAGGAGACUUUGCAACUCUCUAUUUUCUUUACUGCACCCCCCUCCCCUUCCCCCCCCAUCCUCACUAAAGUGAGAUAUGUUGCUGCGCCGCUGAGACCAAGUUUAACUUUACCAGCUCGCUGACUUAAUCAAACCACCCAAAGUGUUGCCAUUGGGGGUGGGGGGAAUGGGGGGGGCAAGAUGUCGAUUUCACAGGUCCCCGUUUGACUUAUAACCAAGGCACAACCUGUUGGAGCAAGGGACAGAAUCCAAGAUACAGGUGAAAUGCUGUACAUGGUGUGCACGGGUCAGUCGCCACAGUAACCCGCAGAGUGAAAGUCACUCCUAUGUGUGUCGACCUGGAUAAAAGAACAAACGCUAACGGAGAGACUCCACACUUAAGUGGUUAAAGCGGAUCUUCCUUUACAGCAUUCUGCUUCGCUGUAAAACAAAA